AUGUGGGACCGCAGGCUCGAGCACUACGCUCAAAACUAUGCCAAUCAAAGAAAAGGAGAUUGUGCUUUGAAACAUUCUUUCCAAGACGGAGAGUUUAGUUUCGGCGAGAACAUUUUCUCUGGAUUCGGCAAAGAAUGGUCCCCGGCCGAUGCAGUGGUCGCGUGGGCGAGCGAGAAGAAGUUUUAUCAUUACGGUUCCAACACGUGCGACCCUGGGAAGGUGUGUGGGCAUUACACACAGAUGGUGUGGAAGAACACGGUGAGGGUCGGGUGCGCACGUGUAAAGUGCAACAGUGGUGCGAUUUUCAUGACUUGUAAUUAUGAUCCUCCUGGUAACUACAUUGGCCAGAAACCCUAUUGA